CGGGCCCCAGCCCCCGGAGGGCUUUGGCUUCGGCCCGGGCGGAGGGAUGCGCUUCCAGGACCACUUCGGCUUGGACGACCUCGUGCGGGAUUUCAGCAGCGUCUUCAGCGAGAUGGGGACCUGGACCUGGCCGUUGCACGCCCCCGAACUUCCAGUUCCUGAGUCAGAGGCCCCCGGUGAGACGCGGCGGGAGGGACGCACACUUCGGGACUCCAUGCUGAAGUUCCCGGAUAGUCACCAGCCCGGGAUCUUUGGGGGAGGCUUGGAGAGUGAGCCAGGACCCGAGUCCCCAAAGUCAGCACCGGGCUGGGGGUCCCGGAGACCGUUUCCUAGAUUCGAUGAAAUGUGGCCAGUGACUCCUCAUCCCAGAGCCAGAGAGGACAAGGAUCUUGAUUCCCAGGUCUCCCAGGAAGGUCUCGGCCCAGUUCUACAGCCCCAGCCCAAAUCCUACUUCAAGAGCAUCUCUGUGACCAAGAUCACUAAGCCAGAUGGGGUAGUGGAGGAGCGGCGGACUGUGGUGGACAGUGAGGGCCGGCGGGAGACCACCGUGACCCGUCAGGAAGCAGACAGCAGUCCCGGAGCUGAUCCAGAAUCACCAGGACCUCCAGCUCUGGACGAUGCUUUUUCUAUCCUGGAUCUGUUCUUAGGACGUUGGUUCCGGUCCCGGUAGCCUUCUUAAACUACAGAGGCUUUUGGAUCCUUCCCACUUGUGGCCGCUGUCACAAGCUCAGUGUUUUCUGCCACCUUGGGCUGGGAGUGUGGAGCACGGGACAGGGACUUAGUCUGUCAUUCAUCAGAGUGACCAAUAAAACCUUUAUUUAUGCUAA